UACAUUUAGAUCUGUCCCUUAUCUUUCAUAUCAGCUAGAAAUAAUAUUAUUAUUAAUAAUACAAAGGUUAAAUUGAUACACACCUUGAUAAAGUUGGAGUUACUUUUCCAACACGGCCAUAUCUCCACGUUACAGCACUUGUUUGCCGAAGACAGACUGAAGACAAGAGGCGAACACCUGUGUGUAAACUUAACUCGGGAAGUGUAGUUUCAUCGAAUGGAGACACCCAUAGUUGUAUGGAUCUGUGCAAAACUGCUACACCACAAGGCUCAAUUCACUCUAGAACAGAGGAAGUCAAGACACAAACCAAACUAAUGCUGAUGAUCAGUCUAAGAAUGACUUUGCGAAUGCAAGAGAAACGGUACACUUCAUCUCUACUCAGUUUUUUCAUCUAUAAUCCUUCAUUUUGGCCAUGGGAGGGAGAGGAGAAGAAGAUUUUAUUCUACCAUCCCAGUGAGGUCGAGAAGAAUGAGAAGAUCCGUAAUGUUGGCCAUAGUACAGUUUACCAGUACCUGCAGACGCUGCACCUGCAGUCCUGUGACCUGCUGGACGUCUUCGGGGAGAAUCACCUUUUCCCACCUGGACAAGAUGACCUACCUGAAGAUCCAGUCAUUUGUCAACAGAGUGGAGGAGUGCCUCAGGCUGAUCAAAUGCUCAGCUUUCCUCUACAACGACCAGCUCAUAUGGAUGACAUGCGGAUCCUGUACAAGUACCUGAAGACGUCACUGUUCCCCAGACACUCCGAACCAGAGCUGGCUGGUAGGGACUAUCCCCUAAGACCUGAGGUGGCAAGAAAUCUGCUUCACUACGGGAGGCAAGUCCUUAAACACCCUCUCUGGUCCCCUGCCUCCCUCCCUCCCUCCAGGUCUCCUGGCUAGGCUGGGCCAGGUUCCCUCAUCCCCUCCCUUGCUGGGGCUCUGGUCCCAUGCAGAAGGACAGAGACACCAUAUCAUCAUGUCAGGGUGGAACCUUCUAGCCAUGUCACAUCUACUGCUAAUCUGACUACAGAAGUGAAGAGGGGAUGGGAUGGAUGGAAUUAUUUUUGGACUUUAUCGUGUUCAUUCAGGAUGUGUUUAGUGGAUAUAUUGUUAGGUCAAUGUAGUGAUGGAAUAAAUAUAUUAUGUCAACGUAGUGAUGGAAGAACUAUAUUUUUAGGUCAACGCAGUGAUGGAAGGACUAUAUUGUUAUGUCAACGUAGUGAUGGAAGAACUACAGUUGAAGUCGGAAGUUUACAUACACUUAUGUUGGAGUCAUUAAAACUCGUUUUUUUCAA